AUGGAAAGGAAUACAUUAAUGGCACAAUGUUAUCCUAAACUGAAGGAUUUUUGUCGAGAAAAACAUGGACUUGAAUUUCAGGUAAAAUGAUUAGCUAAACCUAAUUUAUAGAUAGGGAGGGAGGGUGGUAAAGCCAUUGUAAUGUAUAAUAUAAACCAAUUGUUAAUUUGUGUUUAGUCGAAAUGAUGCAUUAAAGUGGUACUUAAACCGUGGUCAAAAUUCAUUGCAUGCCCAAAAUAGUUUUAUGAUGGUAAAAUUGUGUAGUCGAUAUUGUGUUUAAACUUUAAAAUAGUCAGACCGCCGAGAGCUUUUAGCUCGUUUAGUUUUUCAUUAAUACAACAUGAUUUCUCUGCCAGAAGAUAUAUUUGAGGGAAGAGCUAUACAGCAUAAUAUGAAAAUAUCCAUCAUAUUCUAACCAAUAUUCCUUGCUGCACAGUAUCAAUUAUUAUUUUAAGUAUUACUAAAUAUAAUAAUAAUCAAUAUUUAAUCAAGUAAAAUUUUAAACAUUAAAUAAAAAAUAGAAAUAGACUUCCUUAUACACAUAAAAAAAUAGAUUGCAUGUAAAUUACAAAUGGGUAAUAAACUACCCAACUGUUAAACGAAUAACUAGCCGUUAUCGUAAAAUGUAUUUUUUUUUAAAUUUAGGUCGUACUGGACCAAUUUAUUUUUAAGGCUGUACCUAAGCAUUACUUAUUUUGCUGGGCUCUGCCAGAAAAGCGGCUUUACCACGAAAGCAUAGGAUAAUUUAGUUUGUAAAUAAGUAUUGAAACAGUGUUAGCAAUAAUAAAUCUUUGUAAUCAAAAAAUGUAUUUUAGCAGAGCUCGUGUUUUUAAGAACAGUAACCUAUACAUCUAUAGUAUCUAUAGUAAACUAAAGAAAAGUACCUAGAAAUCAACAAAAUUGUUAGUCAUCUUAAUUUUUUAUAAAAAGCCUUUUGAAAUUCUAAACAAAUACAUUUUAAAAAACUAAGUCGUACUGGAUAAAAACUCCACAUUUUUUCCUCGACCAUUAUCACCUGCGAUUAUUUUUACUUAUUAUUAUCAUCAUAAAUUAGCACAAUGUGCAAUAAUUAAAAGAAUAAUUUCACACAAUGUCCAAUUUUUGAUCAUUUUUGUUUUUGGCCUCUUAUAUUUCGCUAUAUUUUCCUCUGGCCAUUUUUACCUGGCCUAGACUCGUGUAUAUAUGUAUAUAGGUAGUUAGUGGUAGGUACUAUGGACAUAUACGAUGUACUUAUAUAUGAGAUCUAUGGUAGGUACCUAUUUAAAAUACAAAAUUGUUAGAAAAACUUUUAUUUCCUUAAUAAUUCAUCAUAGAAUUUGUGACUUCGAUACAAAAAUACAUUUUAGAUAAUAUGUCGAACAAUAUAAUACACCGAUAUUGCAAAAUAUGAUAAAUGUAUAUAAAAUAAUAAGUGCCUAUUGAAAUAAAAAUUAUAGGUUUUAUGAUCAUAAUAUAUACUAUAUUAUAUAGUAUAAUAUAGUUUAUUAAAUAGGUACGUAUGUAAGUAUCUAGUAUAUAUAUUUCCCAAAACAGAAUAUGUUUAAAUCCAUUAUUUCAACAUAAGUAAGGGAUGAGCAAUAUUCAGCAUACAUGCAAUAUCGCCAAUGUCCUACUUACUACCUAUAUACUUAUUGAAUUUAUUGUUAUUGUAUUAUUUUAUUAGGUUUAUAUUAUUUUUAUAUAAAUAACAUUCGUGUUUACAACUUUACAAGUAUUUACCAACAAUAUUAGAAUAUUAAAUCAAUAUAACAUAUAUAUGUAUGUUUAUUUGACCUUGGUGUUACUUUCGUACCAGGUACGGCUGGUAAGCUAUUAAUAUUUUAUAAUUUGUGUAAAUUUAGGUGGUUGACAUGAGAUGGGGUGUUCGUGAUGAAGCUACAGAUGAUCAUAUGACAACUGAACUUUGUAUGAAAGAAAUAGAAAACUGUCAGCGUUUAUCGAUGGGACCAAAUUUUGUGGUAUAAAUAAAGACUAUAUCAAUAUCCCCAAAUAAAAAUUAAAAUUAACAUAGGUGCUGGUUAGUUAUUAUACUUUAAUAUCACUUCAGAAAAAUUGUUAAAUAUAAAUUAACGGAAUAUUAGUGGUUUAAAUUUAAAAUCUAACCAUCUCUCCAACCUCCAAACUAACCAUCCAUAGUUUGUUUUGUAUACGCACCUACAUAGGUACCUAUAUAUGUAUAUUAUUAUCCUUAAUUAUUUUGCAUUCCACGUACACCUAUAGGUAUUUCUUGGACAAAAAUAUGGGUAUCGUCCGAUACCUACGUACAUUAUUUCAUCAGAAUUGGAAUUAUUAAGGGAAGAAUUGGUUAAUGUUGGUUCAGAUGUAACGCUAUUGGAUACAUGGUAUAGAAAAGACAGCAAUGCUGUACCUCCGAUUUCUGUUCUUCAACCAAUUUCUUCGAUACUUAUCAAUUUCAAUAAUAAAGUACAAUAAUUUUUUUUAAUAUAUAAAAACUAUAUAUUAUAUACAACUAAAUAUUAUGGCUUAAUUUCUAGCGAAUACCAAAACUCCAACAACAAGAUCAAGCUAUUUGGUGGGAUACUUUGGCCAAGAUGCAAAAAUUGUUUAGAAAAGCUUCGAUUAGUUUAUUUAAUAGUGGUAAAAUUGAUAAAGAUACUAUGCACAACUAUUACAUGUCAGGUAAAAAGAAGUAAAUUUAAAACUUAUUUAUAAUAAUAGUAGAUACCUAUUAAUAUAAUAAUUAUACCUAUUGAUUUUAUGUUAACUUUCCCCAUGUAGUGACAGAGAGAGAGGUCAUAAAUGGUAUAUUAAAAGUAAAAAACACAAAAAACCACUGUCUGGCAUAUGUACGCUACAUAAAUAACAUAAAUCUCCAAAAUUUGAAAAAAGCUUCUAACUUUUUGGACAUUGUCAACAGAAGUAUUGAUACAGAAGCGUCUCGGUUACUGGGAAACUUGAGAGAUGAACGUCUGGUACAAAAAAUAGAAACAACUAAUUAUCAAAAGUAAUCUUUUAAAUUAUAAUAAUUAUGUCAAUAGGUAGGUACCGAGAUAAUGUUAUCCUAAAAAUUGCAUCUUUUAGCUAUUAUAGCAUAUUUUUAUUUAGUAUAUCAUUUUCUUCUAAUCUCUAUCUAUUGACUAUUCCCAUUUAAUUUACUUAUACAAUAUUUAUUAGGUACCUAAGUAUAACGCCAAAUUAAAGAACAGUGUAAUAAUAAAUUUAAUUAUUUGAAUUGUAUAUUAUUAAACUAAAGUUAAAACUAAGUUCAAGAACACCAAUCCCCAAGUCAAAAAAUGUAGGUAUUAUCUCCAACUACAGACCUACAUCAAUUCAACCGUACUAUUUUCCCCUCUCCUGAAAAUGUUUGAAUCGUUAACAAAUUCUCGAUGGAAUUAUAGACCGGUUAAUAAUAUACUAAUGGAUGAGCAGCAUGGCUUUAUAAAAGAUAGUUCUACCGUCAUUUGCAACUUGGUGUUUAGUAAUAAUUAUGUUUUCUAAUUUUUUGAACAGCGUUUGCAGGUUGAUGUCAUACACUUAGACUUCGCAAAAGUACUCGAUUCAGCUAAUCAUCUAAUACUAAUCAAUUUAAUAGAGGCUAGUGAAUUCGACGAACAGUUUUUCUCUUGGCUUAGAGCUUGGCUUAUAUAAACAGCCGAUAUCAGUUUGUCAAAGUGUUUGGGGUUAGGCUUCCUAAAUUUUUCGUCCUAUCAAGGAUACCUCAGAGUGGCCAUCUAUCACCAUUAUUAAUUACCUUUAUUUGUAAAUAAUUUAAGCCGAGCUUUUAAAUAUUGCAAGUUUUUAUGCUUUGCCAACUACAUGAGACUAUGUUUAAAAAUAGAUAUGCUUUUUGGCCAUGUGUAACCUCAGAAAGAGUUUGAUAUAUUUAUUGAAUUGUCUAAUAUAGUUGGACUUUCGCUUAAAAUUUCAAAGUGUAAGGUCAUUACAUACACGAAAUAUAUCACUCGUAUCACAUGGUCUUACAAUAUGUCUUGCUCGAAAUUACCUCGUGUUAGUUACUUUGUUAAUGAUCUUAGCUUCAAGCUUACUAAAACUCUUAAUUCUAGUGCACAAAUUCAAUCCAUAUAUUCUUUGCAAUAUUGUAUGCGUUGAGUUUUAUAAAUAGAAUAUCCAAAGAAUUUAGCAUCAAGUGUCGGUAAAGACACUUCAAGGUUCAAUAUGGUUUGUUCAGUCAUUAAGUAUGGACUAGUGAUUUUGGAUUUAUACACAUCAGGUAGUUGUGUCCAAUUAGAACGUAUCCAAGGUAGGUUUUUAAGGUACCUAUCUUGGUUCUUCAAUUCAUAUUCAACAUUUACAACAUGACUAUGCCCCUAUGGUUGUAAACUUUAGAAAUUAUACCUUUUGGUGGAUUGUAGACAUCACGCAUUGAAUUUAACAUUUUUAAAAAAAACAUUGUCUGAUAAUAUAGUUUUUUCAGAGUUCCUUUUAAUAAUUAGUUUUCUAGUUCGCCACCCAUUCCAAAAUCUCUUUUUACACUCCCAUUAACACCACAAAUUACAUGCAAAAUGAGCCUAUUAGACGUUUUUUAACUAUUAAUAAUUGGACCCUUUUUUUACACUUAAUAUUGAACUUUUCAAUAAUCAAUAAUCAAUAUUAUAAUAUGUCAUCUGUAAUUUAUAUAAAUGAAUCAUGUUCAAAGGGCCAUGAGUCCGUAUAAAUUAAUAAAUAAAUAAUUUAUUAUAAUAUGUAGAUAGGUAAUAUAUAAGAAUAUCUAUAUAAUUUUAUUUUUCUAUUUUUUUUCUGUUAGGUACACUGUGGAAUGGAUUGGUCGUGAAGGGUUAGAUAACGAAACACAUCAGGAAUAUUUACAAAAUUUUAUAAUGCAUUUUUACAAGAAUAUUACCAAGUUAGUCGAUAGAGCAAUGCGAAAAGAAGAUUCAAGUCCUCAAGGGCAAAUUGUGACUGAAAUAUUGCAGCAUUUACACGCUUGUCAUAAUUCUGUUAAAGUCUGUAAUUUAGCAAUACCAGGGAAAUAAGAACUUUUAAAAAUAUACCUGAUUUUUAUUUUGUUUUAAGGUUUUUUAUGGCCGUGAAGAUAGUUUGAUACAUAUUGAACAGUAUAUGAAAAGUAACUGUGAAAAACCAAUGAUACUUUACGGCGAAGGUGGCUGUGGUAAAACAUCACUUUUAGCAAAAGCUGCAGGUUUAAGUUAUUUGUCAUGGUUUAAUAAAACAGCCACCAAACCCCUUUGCGUAAUAAGAUUUUUAGGUACGACUCCAGACAGUAGUACAUUAACACCUGCAUUAAUAUCGAUAUGUCAACAAAUAUCAUAUAAUUAUAUGUUACCAUUUGAUGACAUACCUGAUGAUUUGGUCCCAUUAACGGCUCAUUUUAAACAUUUAUUAACGUACGCAACUCGAGAUCAGCCUUUGGUAUUGUUUCUGGAUUCGGUGGAUCAGUUGACCGGCACUCAAGAUACCAACAAUGUAUCGUGGUUACCGACAAGACUGCCCAAUAACUGUAAAGUGUGUAUACCUAAUAGUAUAAAAUAAAAGGCCUUUACAUAAACAAUAAACUUAUUUUAAUUUUAAUACUGUAACUUAUAAUUUAUUUGUCAGUCUUCUAUUAAAAGAAAAGUUGAUUUUAGUAUAUAAAAUAAUUUAUUAAUUAUAAUAAACUUAAUUUACAGUAAACAUUUAAUUUAAAUAUCAAAAAUAUAAUUUCAAUUUUAACAACAAAGAGCCAAUCAUAUUUUAGUAUUUUUUAAUCGUGAUAAUGAAUUUUUUUUGUUUUGAAAUCUAUUUUAUUUUGAAUCGUUUCCAGAUAUCCAUUUAAAUGACAAAACGCAUAAUAUGAUCCAAGCCUUAUUUGAUUGUCAUCGUGUUAUUUUAUAUUAUAUACAAUAUACUGAUACCUAUUAUAGGGGUCCAGUUAUGCACUUCACCGCGGUUUAUUUCAUCGCCGUUUAUUUUACCACGAGACAUAUUUUUCGUUUAGAACUUUGAAAACUCUUUUACUCUCCAUCAUACUCUUAACAUUAUUUUCAAAAAAUGUACCUUAAAUGAAUUUUGGAAAUUCUAGGAACGAAUGAAUCCCAUAAUGCAUUUAAACGUCGUAACUUGAUUGUUUUUCAACAUAUGCCAGUUUGAUUUUCAAUAUUAUUUAUUGAUCUAUUAGAGGCACUGUAUAUUUAAGUGUCCACUUAUUGAUCUACUGACCACUUUGGAGCAAAAUCUUUUUUUCUGAUUCCUUUCGAUUGAUACUAUACAUUUUGUGAGAAUAGUCUACAGAUGAUCUAGAGACCGUUUCCAAAGUUUCAUGAUGAUUGGACGAAUUCCAAGCAAGUUUCCUCGGUAGAGAUUUUAUAGUAUCAAACUUGUGUGAGGUUUCCAGUCAAAUUUGUUGGCGUUAACACCAUUCCCCUAUAAAUACUGUACGUUGAAAAACAGCAGCGUUAGGUUUUAAACGGAAAAUAAGUCUCGUGGGGAAAAUAUAGCGGUGAAGUGCCGGUGAUCUAUUUAUUUUGUGCUUACAGAGCUAUAGCCUAUACAUAAAUAUAAACAUUUAUAUACAUAAAUAAACCAAAUAGUAUUUACAUUAAUAUAUUUGUACAAUUUUUAGAAUAACUUUUAUAUAUAUAUGUAUACAAAUUACUUGAAUGUUUCAUGUUUUGUUUCUAAUUCAACACAUAAAGCAUAUAGCGGACAAAUGAUGUAUUUUGGCAAUAGGAACAUAAAUUUUAGGGAACUCGGGGAAUUUUUCUGAUAGAGCUGGUCAAUCCCCCAUUGUUUCCAAUCUUUUUACUUUUUAAAUUUUUUAUUUAUUAAUAAAUAUUAUUUUACGUUUUAGUUAUUAGUAUCUGUAGCGAAAGAAGAAGGUAACUCAGAUGUCUCUCGAGAUUAUCAUGUAUUGCGUAGAAUGAUCGAUGACGAGGAACAAUUUAUUGAAGUUACUGCGCUCGGAGAAGAACUAGCUGAAGAAGUAAUUCGGUACCUACAAAUCUUAUAUUUUAUGGUAUAGGUAGGGACUUUUUAAAUGUAUUUCUAAUUUAUUAUUUUAUUUAGGAAAUGGAUGGAAACAGCACACCGGGAUUUGACUAAUUGUCAAUGGAGGCUCGUAUCUAACGCUAUCAAUCAAUGUUCUUUGCCAAUUUUUGUAAAGCUAGUAUUCGCAGAGAUAUGUCGUUGGCGCAGUUAUACAAAACCACAAGAAACCCAUUUGGCAUCAAAUGUAAUGGAUUCAAUCAUGAUGCUUUUUGAAAGAAUUGAAAAACAACACGGUCGACUACUAGUCUUUCAUGCUUUGGCUUAUAUAACAGCUUCAAAGAGUGGUUUAUCUGAAUCAGAAUUAGAAGAUCUAAUAUCAUUAGACGAUAAAGUGCUAGAUGACGUGUAUCAAUAUCAUUUACCACCAGUAAGAAGAAUCCCUCCUUUACUGUGGACUAGAAUUAGAAAUGAUUUACCAAAUUAUUUAUCGGAAAGAGAGGCUGAUGGUGUUAGUGUACUGAAUUGGUAUCACAGGUAGGUACUUAUAGGUACUGUAUAUUGUAUAUCAUACAAUACUUUCUGUUAAUCUUUAAAUAGGCACCACAAUAAUGUUUAACUUAAUACAACUAAUAUAAGUAAUUAAUAUUGUCAACAGAUACAAAAAAUGUAUUUUCAAUCAAUUUUUACAGGCAGUUUAGAGACGCAGCACGAGAAAGAUACUUUAAAAAUAUGAAUAUGGUGACAUAUUUCCAUUCUUCUAUAGCUGAUUAUUAUUUAGGAAUUUGGGGUGGGGGUAAUCCGAAACCAUUUAAGUAUACUGAAAUUCAAAGACACAGGUUUAAUUUACAAAACAAAGAAGGUUCAGCAGAUAGGAAAGUACCAGUGCAACCUUUGGUAUUUUACUCAAAAGAAGGAACAGUUACAAGAUAUAAUUUAAGAAAAGUUAGUACCUACAUCGGCUAUACUUAUUACAGUGUUCCUUACCUUGGUUUAGGAAAAAAAAUUUUUAGGUAGCACCUAGAUAAGUCACAAAUAAUGAAAAAAAAACCUGAUACUAGCUGACUCUUUUAAGUGGGAAUUUUGUUUUAAAUGUUAUAAUUUUAAAACUUACAACUUAUGAUGAAAAUUUAACAAAUUCAACUAAUGUUAAAUUUUUAAAUAUUUUUCCUAGGACAAAAUAAUUUGAUUUCCAUAAUAACGCGAAAAUAUCAUGUUCCUAUAAAAAGCUCAAAAAUCAAGUUUUUACAAUUUUACUACGUUUAGAAAAAGCUAAUAUAAGUAUUCAAUGCAAAUUUGAGGUCUCUAGUCUCUACAAUUAUUUAAAACCAAUUUACAAAAAAAAAAACAAAUCUAAUGAAAAAUGAAAAUGGUAAUGCCGUGAACAUUACCGUCUUGCCUACAAUUAUUAAUAAAAUGACAAAAUUUUGUUUUAGAAAAGAUGCUUAACUUGAAUUUUGAUGUAAUAUUUCUGGUAGAAAAAAAAAUCGAAAAAAAAUGAAAUUUUGAAUGCUAUAAAUUUAUCAUUUUUUCCUAUAGAUAUCUUCUUUUUUUUUUCGGUUUUUCUCAAUUAUUAUGAUUACUGCUCAGAAAAUUAAAUUAUGAUCAAUUAGACCCAAAACUCUACAAAAAAGUACUUAUGUUAUUUUUUAACUAGAGCAAUAUUUCAGGUAGAAAAGUUGUUUAAACAGAAAAAGAAAACCGGUACAAACCAAUAACCGAAAACUCGCUAAGAAUUUAAAUAUUGUUAAAAUCGUUAAUAAUUUCUCCUCUUUCCCUAUUUUACAAAAACUUUAAAACUUCAAUUAAUUUUUAUGACUAUUGUCGUGGAUUUCUUAGUGUAGGGUCCUACAUAAUUUUUUAUUCAGUUUCUCACCAAAAUAUCAACUACAUACAGAGGUGGCCAAAAGUCGCGCAACAAAUUUGAAACACGGUUUUUAUGAAACUGUUGUGUUUUAUGUUAAAUAUGUUUUUUUUUUUAUAAUCCUUGCUGUUGUUGUACGUAAACAAGAUAACGAGACUAAAGUUGCAAUAUGACGUAACGGAAACGACAUGGAGGGAAAAACUGCGCCGUAACACGCGUUCCAUACAAGAUGGUAGGCGUUGCGCGACUUAUGACCACUUCUGUAGAUUGCUCAAUAGAAAAAAAAUGAUUAUCAUUAUUAUAAUCAUUACAGUGAAUGUUAUUUUAGAAAACAGAAAAAAAAAUAGAUAUGUUAGUUAUUUAAUAAACAAUUUUUGCAAAAUUGAAAGACGAAGAAAGAGAUGAAAAAUUAUGACAAUUUUUUUUUAUUUGGAACUGAUUUGAGAGUAACUGAAAAUUUUUUUUACAAACCAAGAUUAUGACCACUCGAAAACUUAAGUCAAAAAUUCAUAAUCUUAUGUAUACUCUUAAACCCACAAAUAAAUAGGUAUGUACUUAUAUUUAUAGUUUGGAGAGUUACCAUAUCAUCUUGUACGAGCUCACCGUUUUCAAGAUUUGUAUAAGAAUGUCUUAUUUAAUUAUCGAUGGUUGCAUGCGAAGUUAUCUUCAUGCCCUUUACAAGCAGUUUUAAGUGACUUUGAGGAUGCUUGUGCAAAUAUUGAUGACAGAGAUGCAACAAGGUACAAUUAAUUUUCAACCACAAGUUUUAUUUCUUAAUUGUUUUCAAUAUUUGUUAAAUAUUCUUAUUUUAAAAUUUCAAAUAGCAUUGAUGAGAUGAAAUCUAUGAAAAGGUCAGGUUUUGAUUUUAUAAUUAAAUGUGUUUGUCCCUAUAACAGGAUGUGCCAAAUCUGACAUGGCAAUGGUCUAGGAUGCCAUCAAUCCUGAAUAAAAGAUAUUUAUUUAAUAUAAACUCAGUUAAGUAUUAAAUUUUAGGGAGUUGAUACUUGUUGCUGAUGCUUUAAGAUUGGGUGGGGCAAUACUUGGAGAAUUUCCUGAUAUGCUUGCUCCUCAACUUAUUGGCCGUUUAUUACCUGAAAUUGGAUCAAAUCCAAAUAUAAAAAGUUUAUUAGCAGAAUGUGAUCAAUUUGGACCAGAAAAUUGUGCUCUUAUACCUUAUUAUCAUUGUUUACACACUCCUGGAGGUCCAUUAAAAGUAAUAUUUUUUGUUGUCUAAAUGUAUUAAAUGUAUUAUUGUAUGUAAGUUUAUUUAAUUCAUAGUACUCUCUGGAAGGUCAUCAGUUUGCUGUAUUUGAUUUUCAAGUAACAUCUGAUUAUAGAUACAUUGUAUCUAUAUCAAACAGAUUUAUUACAUGGGAUUUAUCGACAAGUGAUAUGACCCGAAAUGUAAAUCCAGGACUAGAGGGAAUUAUGCAAGCUCUGUGCUUGAGUCCUGAUAACCGUUACGCUGCAGCUUAUACUAACAACAACCAAGUAAAUAAAAAAAGAUAGUUAUUCACAUAAGAGCUAGUAUAUAAUAUAUCUAAAAAUAUAUGGCACACAGACUGUAUUACUGAAUUGUCUUACAAGUGAAUUUAUUGUCAUUGAAAAUCCUUUUGAUAAUGAAGAAAUAGUUUCGGGCGUUAACAUGUUGAAUACUCAUUUAUUUGUCCAUGGAUCAUAUUCAUUAUGUAGAUAUGAUUUAAGAGGCAACUUGGAAUCCAAGUACUUAAUAAAAUAUUAAUGUUUUCGUAUUUAAUUGAUUUCUAUUAGUUUUUGUAUUUUAUAAUAUUUAUUAAUAUUAAUAAAUAUUGUCUUUAUUUUUCUGUUAAAAAUUAAAAUUAUCAAUUAAAUAUUAAUGUGAUUGAAAUUAAUUUACAGGAUUACAGCAAAUAAGGAUUCUGAUAAAUGGACUUUAAUGUCUGUACAAUUCACUACUUUAUCUUACAAUCGAUUUAUAUUUUGGUCUGGUAGAAUGGAUGACACUAGAAUGAUGAUGCAAACAAACAAAGAUAAUAUUUCGUGUCCUCAUUUUUAUUUUCAUAGUGCUAUGGCUAUAAAUAAGAAUGAAACUAGAUUGUAUUGUUGUCCAACCAGCAAUUCGUAUGAUAUAUCUCAAUUUGAUUUCAUUGAAAAUGAGUGGACAAUGAUUAAAGAUUUAAAAUCUAGUAAAAAAUUAAUUUAUAAAAUAAUUGAAUUUGUUAUUUUAAAAGAAGGUAUAAUAAAAAUUUCAGUUGGCAACUACACAGUACUUCAAAUUAAAUUAUCUGAGGACUCAUCUUCACUUUUGGGUACAAUUUCAAAUGGUUUUUGUACUUGGGAUUUAUCUUCCGAUGAUACAAAAGUAUUACAUUUACCACAUGGAGUUCGUAACAUUACUGUAAACAUGAUGCAGUCAAAUUCAUGCAUGCUAUCGGCUGAUAAACGGUUUUUGGUGGCUGGAGUUCGGUAUGGCAUAAUAUCUAUUAGCAUUAAUUGAUUAAUGCUAUUAUCUAUUAAUUACCUGUACUAACAAUUUUAAAUAUGUAUUAUUGUAUAAUAUGUUAUUUAAUAUUUUUAGAAAGAUGUUAUAUGUGUGGAAUAUGGAAACUGAAAAAUUAAUUAAAGUAUUGGAUGCACAUUUUGGUCGCAUAAUAUCGCUUUUACCAUUAACUACAGGAAAUUGGAAUUCAGUAAUAACUUCAUCUAUUGAUCGAUCAGUUAAGGUUUGGAAUAUUAACAAUAUUUUUGAACAAGUACAUGUAAUAGAUCGACAUGAAUUACAAAUUGAUUCUAUAAGGUAUUGAUAAUUUAAAUAAUAUUUGUAUGAAAGUCUAAAAAGCAUUAUAAUAAAUUUACAGUUUAUCUCAACACUCUGGUUUAGCAGCUACUGUAACAAGGGGUUGUGUCGGAAUAUGGGAUAUUAACACAGGGAGAUUGAUACAACAACUAGCCGACAAUUUAUUAGGAGCUAUAGUUACUCAUGCACUAAUAACACCUGAUGGAAAAUACAUAAUAUGCUCUGAAUCUGGUCAUUUACUCAUCUGGAAUCGUAUUUUAUGUCGAGUAAUUUUUAAACAACAACAGCCUGGUAUUCGGCAAAUACUUCUUUUAGAUGAAGCAACUAAAUGCCUUACAGUUUCGAAACAAGAAGAAAUUAAUACAGAAACACAACAGAAUAUUGAUGCAACAGCAUUUGUAAGAUCCAUUCCAGAUGGAAACAUUAUUUAUUCAUUUGAUUAUCAAAUACGUAAUGUGACUGGUAUGGACUUUAAAGAACUUGUUGUCACAGCAGAUGGACUUAAUUUGAUAGCUCUAGCUAGUGAUAAAGGUCACAGAGAAGCACUUCAUAUUUUUAAUGCAACUAAUGGACAAUAUAUUACUAAAAUUGUACUUAAACAAUCUGGAAUGAAGGUAAUUUGUCUGUCAUUCAAAAAUAAUAAUAUAAUUAAAGAAAGUAAAUUUAACCAUUCAUUAAUUAUUUAUUUAUAAGUUAUAACUUGUAAAAAAAACUGUAAUUUUUAUAAUAAUACCAGUGAUUAAUUAUCUUUAUUGAUUACUAUGUCACAUAGAAAUCUAGUUAUGUUCUAUUGCUAACACAUCAAUCGUUCGGCGAUACUCAAUGAUUUUAAAAAUAUAAUUUUUUUUAUUGUAUUGUGAACCAGCAAAUUAUCUUGGAGGAUUAUAAGUGAAUUUGAUUUCUGUUUUUCUAAUCAUUGUGGAAUCAUUUAGGCUGCAUUUUAAAUUAUUAACCCAUAUUACAUAUAUCUUAAAUAAGAAUGUACUUUACCUUGUAACAGGAACCUCCCCUUUUUGAACACCAAUUUACUGAAUUUAGUGCCUAUAUUUUUCUAGAAAUUUUUAUAUGCAUAAUACUAAUAUCAGAUUUAUUGUUUAUAAGUUAUAAUCGUUUAAAGUUUAAACCUGAUGAGUAAUAAAUUAAAUAUCUAUUUUAGAUUCGAAGCAUAGCGAUGUAUAGAGUACAUUACCUUUUCUGAAAUAAAAUAAUGUUUAGUUAGUGCAUUAGAGAGAUCAUUUUUUAAUUUUCCAAGGGGUUUUCGAAAUAAAUGGGAAAAACUCAAAAGAAAAUUUACAACGCCGCGCAUUACCUAUCGAUUUCAUUGUUUUUAUUUUUGUAACUUUUGUUUUCUACCAGAAAUAUUGAUCCAAUAAAAAAAUGACUAGAGAUCGAUUUUGUUGAAUUUUCUAGUUCAUGAAUAAGUUAUUAGUUUUUUCGUGUUCUCUGUAUUUUUAUUAUUAAAAUUAGGAAUAACUGAAAAAAAACGUAAAAUAAAACCUGAACAAUUUAGGGACGAUUUCAUUAUUUUAAAUUUGUACGCAUUUCAUUUUUACCUGAAAUAUUGCUCCAAUAGAAUUUUUAAUCUUGUUAGUACCAAGAAAGUUGUUUUUUGAUUUUCUUUGUAGUUUUUUUAACGAUUUUGAGCAAAACAUAAAAACAGGUAUGUAAAAAAAAAAAACGGGAAAAUGUACGAAAAUAAUUGGUUUUUUAAUAAAAUUCGGUUUAAAACAUUCGUUAACUUGAAAUUGUUGAGCUAUUUAUAGACGUUUUAAUUUUACGAGGUUUUUGCAUAAUUUUUAUUUGGUAGAUACUAGUGAAGAUGUCAAACAUACUCGGAUUUCAAUAUAAUCUGGAUAAUCCGGAUAUUUAAAACAGGAUAUUAAAAUGAUUUUUAUUCGGAUUAUUCGGAUAAUUCGAAUUAUGCGGAUAAUCCGAAUAAUUUGAAUGUUUUUAAUCAUCUGCAGUGGUGCAAAUAGAGUAGGGGUUUCUGUACAAAUUACAUUUGUAUCAAUAAUAUAUAAUGAAUUAAUCAUUUGAAGAUACCUGCAUUGUUUAAAAUUAAUUAUAUGUAAUUAUUAAAUUAUUCGGAUUAUCCUUCCCGUAAUUCUAUCGUCCUUUAAAUUAAAUAAUUACUUAUUGUAAAAUUUAAACCAUUUUCAAAAUAAUUAUUGUACCUAUUAAUAGAAUGAUAAUUGUGUUGCAAAUAGAAUUUAAAUUAAUACCUAUGUUUACAUGUAUGUGUAAUUGAUGGUAAUAGAAAAUUACAGCUUAAAUUUUCUUAACACUAAGUGGGUACGUUUUUUUGUACAACUGACAAUAAUAUUUCUUUUAUUAGGAUAUAAUGUUCAUAGUAGCAAUGCCACAUCGAGCUAAUUUAGUUGCUGUAAUUAAUCCAGAUAAAGGAAUGUUGUUUGAUAUACGUACAAAAAAAUAUUUAAAAUCUGUUCCAAAAUGGGGGGGAAUUUGUACUAAAGACGGCAAAUAUGGAUUAUAUGCUCCAACAAGAGGAGGUUUAGAGCUUUUAGAACUAAGAAAAGGAACUUCUGUGAAGACAUUUAUACCAAGAGUUGCUGAAGGUGUUUUUACAGUUAUAUGUAUGUUUAACAAAACUGAUGAAUAUGUAUUGUAUUAUCAUAGUGGGAAAAAAACAUUGAGGGUUUUUCGGUUAGUUAAAAAUUAUCUGUUUUUAAUUUUAAGUAAUAUACAAAAAAAAUAUGUAAUUUUAAUUUCUAAACAGACUCACUGAUGCGAAGAUGUUAGCUAAUUAUCGAGUGCCAGCAGAACUAAGCGCGAUUGAAACAACAGAAGAUGGACGGGCAGUUGUUAUAGCCACAGUAGAUGGAUGUUUAUCAGUUUUAGCAAUAGCUGAUCCAAACAAAGAUUCAUUUCUCUCUUCAUUGCCCUCAAGAGAUGAAACAGUAAGUCUAUAAAACAUUUCCUUUUUAUAUUUUUCAACAUUAUAAUAUUUUAGUGGAAAAAGAAAAUGGAUAAACAACGUACAGCCAAAUUAUUCAAAGCUGCUGCUGCUAUUACAAAGUUAUGUGUAUCUGUAAAUGAACCAAAUACAAAAGAAGAAUUUGAACACAAUAUUAUUAAUAGUUCAAAACAUGUACAAUUAUCAAAAAUAUUAUUACAAGGAUAAAUCUAUUAUCUUUUAUCUAUUU